CACGCUCACAACAGACACAGAGGUCCUCAGUUCAAUUCCGCCCUAUUUCGAGACCUGGACCGUUUACUCGACUGUUCUCAUAUGAGAACAACCACCUAACAUCCAGCUGCCAACGGUCUUGUUGAGCGUUUCCAUCGUCAACUGAAAGCCGCAAUUACCGCAUCGCAGUCGAACACGCAAUGGUCCGAACGGCUACCAGUUAUCCUUCUCGGCAUUCAAAACACGGUCAAGGAAGACCUAGGUUGUUGGUCCGCUGAACUGGUUUUCGGCACAACUCAGACUUCCCGGUGGGAUGGUGUUAAAUUCCAGAAUCACUGGCGAACUAGAACCGACUUCCCAUGUGGUACGGUUGCUGCAACAUUUUACUUCAGUCCGGCCAACACUGCCCCGAUUCAGCCUUCGAAAUCAGCAAGUCCACUCUGAUUUGCAUACCUGCCCUUUCGUUUUUGUUCACGUCGAUGCCGUGUGUAAACCCUGGACUCCGCCGUAUGAGAGCCCCUUCAAAGUUGUUGCUCGCAAAGAGAAGUACUUCGUAUUGGAUAGAAACGGUUCUAAGAAUUCUGUGAGUCUUGUCCGCUUGAAACCAGCAUACGUCGAAACAGGCAGUAACAAGCCACCGAACAGACCUUCCCCAGUACCCCGCCUACCCAGCCGAUGUGUGAAUCCUAUGUGCUUUCCUCCACCUCCUCCACCGAACCAGUGAGAGAACCAUACAC